AUGGAGCGCCUAUCUCUAAACGAAAGCCCUGCCCCGGCCCCUCGAACCCCGCAGCAAAACCAACAAUUCUCCCAGAAUGCUCUCGGCCCAGCAGGCCCCCAGCCAACAGGCGGCCCACCGCAAUUACCCCCGCAGAUGUUCACGACCGCCGCACAGCUGCUCGAUCUAACAGAUAAGAAACUCGUCCUCAUCCUCCGCGACGGCCGCAAACUCAUCGGUGUCCUCCGAAGCUGGGACCAGUUCGCAAACCUUGUUUUCCAGGAUACCGUAGAGCGCGUCUAUGCCGGACAGUUGUUCGCCGAUGUCUCGCGCGGGAUCUUCAUCGUUCGUGGAGAGAAUGUGCUCCUGCUAGGCGAAGUGGACCUUGACCGCGAAGACGAUAUCCCACCCACGCUGACCAGAGCUCCGUUCGAGGAAGUCUUCGAGCUGAAGAAGAAGGAGGAGGCGAAGCGGAAAACGGGCGAUAAGAAGCGCUACGAUGAGCUGCAAGCGCUCGGUUUCGAGCCAGAACACAGCGGGGAGAUUCUGUUCUAA